GAUCCCUGCGAUGUUCAAUCCAAUCCACAGGGAUUCAUUGCCCUUUGCGUCGCGGAAAACAAGCUUAUUCUGGAUAUGCUCGCUGAGCGCUUUAUGCAAGUCGGCACCGCCACUUCGUCCUUUUCAGAUUCGUCCGUCUACUGCUACAAUUCCUUUCUCGGUAUGCCGAUUGCUCGGGAAGCCGUCGCCUACUUUUUGGCCCGCCGAUUUUUGUUUCCGGAUCGGCCAAAUUUACCACCCGACGAGGCCCUGCAGCACAUUCGACCGAACAACGUGGGCAUUGGAUCGGGGGCCGCCGCCAUGUUGAAUCAACUCUUUUUUCUCCUCGGCGAGGCGGGAGAAGGCUGUUUGAUACCGGCACCGUACUAUGCUGCGUUUGAGAAUGAUAUGAAUCUCGUGGCGGGAGUAGUCCCGUUUGGAAUUCCCCAAGAGAACCCAAUCCUGGGACCGUCCGACGACGAAAUGGAAGCAGCUUUUCUGCAAGCCAAAGCAAAAGGAAUCUCCCCCAAAUUUCUGCUGCUGACGAAUCCAAACAAUCCGCUUGCGACAAUCUAUCAACCAAGCGCUGUGGCUCGAAUGAUUUCUUGGGCUCGCAAUCGGAACAUGCACACAAUUGUAGACGAAAUCUAUGCACUGUCCAUGCACAAGGGCCACGGCUUUCAAUCGGUCCUACAAAUACUCGAUAACGAUUUGGGCAGUGACGUGCACAUGGUUUGGGCCGUCUCGAAAGACUUCGGCGGAAGCGGAUUGCGCGUGGGUGUCGUUUAUUCGCAAAAUGAAAUAUUCAUGGAAGGUUUGGCCACGUCUAAUAUUUUUUCUGGUGUUAGUGGACCCAUGCAAUAUCUCAUGUGCGAAAUAUUGACAGACGAUGCAUUCGUGGAUCGCUUCCUGGAAGAAUCGCGGACCCGCGUCAUACAGAGCUAUCGUAUUUGUACAGCCAAAUUGGAAGAAAUGGUGUUACCAUUUGUCCCCGCCGAAGCAGGUCUUUUUGUGUACGUGGACUUUUCGUCGCUGCUACCGGAGAAAACAUUUGAAUGGGAGCGAAAGCUGGGAGAGCUCAUGUUUGAAUACGCACACCUCGUGUUGACCCCGGGGGCAAGUCAGCGCGAGACUAGGCCAGGCAUGUUUCGAAUCUGUUACGCAUGGGUGCACCCAUCAAUACUUGAAGUCGCUAUGGAACGGUUGAGCCGGCUUGUGGCCAAAGUACGGCGUAUGGACUGGAGCGAUCUUCAGUCUCGGUCUUUAUCGAGUGUGUUAGAAUAG